AUGAGUAGAGGCCACGAGGCUCAUCGUCCGCCGCCAACGGGCGAUUCCCUCGACCGCGAAAUAUCGACCAGCAGCUCUGAAGGUCCAGCAUUCGAGCCAAUCCGAACACGAAAAACAAGAGACACUGACGAGUAUCGAUUCGACGACGGAGAAGACGCAAAUCGAGAUGAGCUUGCAAAGAUUGCAUCCAUUUUGUCCGGAGCUCGAACUCGCACCAUCACCAGCGAUGGCCUGCAGAGACAAGACACUGUUGCCGGCAUGGGCAUUGAAUCCCCGGAAUUUGAUCCUAAUAGUCCCUCAUUCAACUUUUACCUAUGGAUCCGCAAGUUCCUCCAGCUGCUCGAACAGCAGAACAUCAAACUGCGAAGAUCUGGCUUCACUUUCAAGAAUCUUGGUGUUUCUGGAAAAGGAUCCGCCCUAGUACUCCAGCAGAAUGUUGGCUCCAUCUUCAUGCAACCCUUCCGCAUCCGUGAACUUUUCAAACACCCUGUUGAGAAACAAAUAUUGCGCAACUUCAAUGGACAUGUUGACAGUGGAGAUUUGCUGAUUGUCCUCGGUCGACCCGGCAGUGGCUGCUCUACAUUCCUCAAAACCAUCUGUGGUGAGCUCCAAGGCCUCCAGUUGUCAAAGGACUCCAAGAUCACCUACAGUGGAAUCCCGCAGGAACUCUUUGUGAAGGAGUUCAAAGGCGAGGCAAUAUACAAUCAAGAGAACGAAAAGCACUUUCCUCACCUGACGGUGGGAGAGACUCUCAACUUCGCCGCUGCAUGUCGCACUCCAUCCAACAGGAUUCUGGAUGUUCCUCGAGAUGUUUGGGCCAAAUACAUGGCAUCUGUCAUGAUGAAUAUCUUCGGUUUGUCACAUACCCGAAAUACCAAAGUUGGGGAUGAUUUCGUUCGUGGUGUUAGCGGCGGAGAGCGUAAACGUGUCAGUAUCGCCGAGAUGGCUCUAGCAGGUUCGCCAAUCGCUGCAUGGGACAACUCCACUCGUGGUCUUGAUUCGCAGACCGCUCUCGAAUUCGUUCGUUCGCUCAGGAUUGCUGCGGACUUCGCAGGUCUCACUUCUCUCAUUGCAAUCUACCAGGCUUCACAAGCCAUCUAUGACUUGUGUGACAAGGCAAUCGUGCUCUACGAAGGGAGACAGAUUUACUUUGGGCCUUGUGAUGAGGCUCGAGCAUACUUUGAAGACAUGGGCUGGUAUUGUCCUCCUAGACAAACCACGGGCGACUUCUUGACGUCCGUCACCAACCCAAGGGAGAGACAGCCCAGAGAAGGCCUCGAGAACAAGGUUCCUCGUACACCUGAGGAAUUUGAAAAAUACUGGCUGGAAAGCUCUCAGUACAAAGCGUCUCAAGAGCAGACAAACCACGCAGAAGAAGUCGAUGCCGACGGAAAAGAAGCUCUUCAGACCUUCAGAGAGGCUCAUCAACAGAGGCAAGCCGAGCAUAUGCGCCCGAAAUCACCAUACGUGAUAAGCAUUCCGAUGCAAAUUCGCCUUUGCGUUACGCGAGCAUAUCAGAGACUCUGGAAUGACAAAGCGUCGACUAUCGCUGUCAUCUUCAGCCAGAUCGCACAAGCCCUGAUCAUCGGAUCCAUCUUUUUCGGCACUCCGCUUUCCACUAGCAGUUUCUUCGCUAAAGGAUCUGUUCUCUUCUUCGCUGUUUUGCUCAGUGCUCUGCAAUCUAUCGUUGAGAUCAACACCUUAUACAGCCAAAGACCCAUUGUCGCCAAGCACAAGUCCUAUGCCUUCUAUCAUCCAUUCACGGAGGCUGUUGCAGGUAUUGUGGCUGAUUUGCCCAUCAAAUUCUGCACAACUACCGUAUUCAACAUCAUCCUGUACUUCCUAGCUGGGCUGAGGUACAGGGCGUCAAAUUUCUUCAUAUUCUUCCUGUUCAACUUUAUGGCCAUGUUGACCAUGUCAGCGAUCUUUCGAACAACGGCAGCAGUCACAAGAACCAUUUCGGCCGCUAUGGCCAUUGCCGGUGUCAUGGUCCUUUGGAUAGUUAUAUACACGGGCUUUACGCUGCAAAGAUCAUUCAUGCAUCCCUGGUUCAAAUGGUCCUCUUGGAUCAAUCCAAUCGCCUACGCAUUUGAGUCGCUCCUUGUCAACGAAGUUCAUGGCCGGGACUUCCCAUGUGCACCUACGAGCUUGGUCCCACCCUACGGCACUGGCGACAAUUUCCAAUGCGCUGUUGCUGGCGCCGUGGCUGGCCAAACCGCCGUUUCCGGUGAUUCAUGGGUAUCGUCGUCCUAUGGGUAUUCUUACAGCCACAUCUGGCGCAAUCUCGGCUUUCUCUUUGCGUUUAUGAUAUUCUUCUUCGCCCUCUACUUUAUCGCUACUGAAAUCAACUCCGACACAACCUCGACCGCCGAAUUCCUGGUCUUCAGAAGAGGUCAUGUCCCAUCGUACCUACAAGGCGGCAAGCGUGACGAAGAGCAGACACAAGCCGACGAAAAGGGCGUGGAAUCGGCGGAAGAAAAGCAAGCCAAGGAAGUCAAAGCUCUACCUGCGCAAAAGGACAUCUUCACUUGGCGGAAUGUGACACUCGACAUCAAAAUCAAGGGCGAGCCUCGAAGGUUACUUGACGGCGUUUCAGGAUGGGUAAAGCCCGGUACUUUGACCGCCCUAAUGGGUACUUCAGGAGCCGGUAAGACUACUUUGCUGGAUGCCUUGGCGCAGAGAAUCAAGAUAGGUGUUUUGACAGGCGAUAUGCUUGUCAACGGUAAACCCCUUGAUCGUUCCUUUCAACGCAAGACGGGUUAUGUGCAGCAACAAGACCUUCAUCUUGAGACCACCACCGUCAGAGAAGCACUUCGGUUUUCAGCUUACCUUCGGCAACCGAACUCAGUCACAAAGAAAGAGAAGGAUGACUUCGUUGAAGAAGUUAUCAAAAUGCUCAACAUGGAAGAUUUCGCCGAAGCUAUCGUUGGAAAUCCUGGGGAAGGUCUCAACGUUGAACAGCGUAAACUGCUUACGAUCGGUGUCGAACUCGCAGCAAAGCCUGCUCUCCUUAUUUUCCUCGACGAACCCACCUCAGGCUUAGAUUCCCAGAGUUCUUGGUCCAUUGUUGCCUUCCUUCGAAAACUGGCAGAUUCAGGGCAAGCAAUUCUCUGCACUAUCCAUCAGCCAUCCGCCAUCCUCUUUCAAGAAUUUGACCGACUCCUCUUCCUGAUGAAAGGAGGCAAGACGAUUUAUUUCGGCGACAUCGGCAAGAAUUCCAGGACUCUGUUGGACUACUUUGAACGGAAUGGUGCUCCCAAGUGCGACGACGACGCAAACCCUGCCGAGUAUAUGCUCGAUAUCUGCGGGAAGAAGUCUGACCGUGACUGGAGCGAAGUGUGGAAGACGACCCCGGAAGCUCAAGAGGUGCAAGCAGAACUGGAUCGGAUCCAGGAGGCUAAGCGAUCCGAGCCGGCAGCAGAUGCAUCGUCCACAUCCGAAUUUGCAAUGCCACUUACUGCUCAGAUCUACCAUGUCACUCACCGGGUGUUUCAACAGUAUUGGAGAACGCCUUCUUAUAUCACCGGCAAAUUUCUCUUGGGGAUAAUGUCUGCAUUGUUCAUCGGUUUCUCAUUCUACAAGCAGAAUACUACCUCGACCGGAUUGCAGAACACGAUAUUCGGUAUUUUUAUGCUUGUCACGAUCUUUUCGUCCCUCGUCCAACAAAUCAUGCCUCGCUUUGUCAUCCAGCGAUCCCUCUACGAAGUCCGGGAGCGUCCAUCCAAGGCAUAUUCGUGGAUCGCUUUCCUUGUCGGCAACAUCUUCGUCGAAAUUCCCUACCAGGUGGUCUUAGCCGUCCUGAUGUGGAUCUCGUGGUACUUUGCCAUCUUCGGCAAGAAUCAAAGCGACGAAACGAGAGGGCUGAUGCUGCUUUUCGUGGUACAAUUCAUGGUCUUCACAAGCACUUUUUCCCAUAUGAUCAUUGCAGCCAUGCCCGACGCGGAAACGGCGGGAAAUAUUGCCACACUGUUGUUUAGCAUGAUGCUCACUUUCAAUGGUGUCCUGCAGAAUCCCUCUGCCUUACCCGGCUUUUGGAUAUUCAUGUAUCGAGUAUCGCCCAUGACCUACCUCAUCGCUGGCUGGGCGGGGACAGGUCUGCGAGGUCGGCUUGUCCACUGCGCCCAGAACGAGCUCGCCAAGUUUGACCCUCCAUCCGGCCAAACCUGCGCGCAGUACCUGGCCGCAUACUUGAACGGGGGCGCGCCAGGACAGCUGUACAAUCCCAACGCGACCAGCCAAUGCCAGUACUGCCCGCUCACGUCGGCAGACCAGUUUCUGGCCGCCAGCGAGAUCUACCCAAGCGACAGAUGGCGGAAUUUUGGGAUCGGGUUCGCGUAUAUCAUCUUCAACAUCUUUGCCUGCAUCGCCCUGUACUACCUCUUCCGCGUCCGACGCAUCAGCAUCCACAGCCUCGCCAAGGGCCCCGCUCGCAUCAUGGAUCUCAUCCUCAAUCAGGGCCUCAGGAGGCUGUUCGCAAGACACGCGGAGCCCACGCCGCCCGGCAAAGAGGCGGAACUGCACCGCGCUUUCUAG